AGUACAGGUCAGGCAUACGAUAUCGUGACGCCCGGCAUGAACUCCGUCGUCUUCUGUCGAGUAUUUAUUGAGUAGUGAAGGCUAAUCACAUGCUUUCGCCACUACCGCUGUGGAACUGUUUGCCUGGGUUGACUAAUCUUCCCUUCACAAGAUGUUCAAUAUCAUCUGACCCCCGAGUCUGUCGAAAUGACUCAAAAUGUCGCCAAGAACGCAAUCUCACCAUGCCAAACCCUAUAAUAUCUCAGCGUGUUGAAAUGGUAGCCUUCCUGACACGGACUUGUUCUGUUUACGAUAACGCAAGCGUGACGAGGUCACUCUCGUCAAGAACUCCUCGGGAAGCUCGGGUCCAAGUAAACACGAAGAUACUGUCAGAAAAAGAUCUCGGACAUGUUCAAAGGGAUGAAUACUUUGAGCUUCGACCUGCGCCGGAGAAUGCCCUUUACGAGCCUCGACGCCAUCUCGACAUCGUAUGUCAGGAGAGCUCGCAGGGAGUGAGGUCGGAUCCGUUCACGCUUGAGCCAUUUUCUGAGUUGGUCACAUCCCGAUUCGUGCAGACUAUGAGAAUUCUUUCGAGCUACAUCAGCAUCUCCAGCCACUUGGAGAGAGAGACUCCUUUUCUUUUUGACAAUUUAGGAAUUUGAACAUCUCUAUCGGGCGAAAUCAUGAAAAAUACCCCUGCAGUGGCUCCGGUCGCGGGUUUGAAACGCGAACGGUGAUGCAUGGCGCGGGCAGAUCUCGAGCCACGAACCUGGCGUUCGGCAGAGCUAUAUCCGAAUUUCAGAUGCAAUGCGAGGCGAUGCGAACUCUCCGAGAAAUGAAAUACGA